UCUCGGAGCUUCUCACGAGUGCAGCGGCUGCCUCACUAUCGCAACCGAAGUGGAGGGCCGCAGAGAACAGGAUUAGAGAGAGAGACGAGGAAGGAGGGAUGGAAGGAAGGAGAGUCACAGCACUUUAAUUUCCCAGCAUGACAAGUUUUUGCUUUUCCUCCUUGGGAUCUUUUCCAGGAAGAGGGAGAACAUCUCAACAUAGCCUAGAGACAAGCAAAAUGACAGCUCACUGAGACCUGGCCAUGCACAACCAGAGAGUUGUUCUGACUUUUACAGUUGCCCUGGACUUUUGUACAGAGGGCUGAUGGAAACUCAUCACUCCACACUGCUGGGGAGUCUGAGUUUUAAAGUCAGCCCAGCCACAGGAGCCUUGAUUCUUUCAGAUGAGAAAAGUCAUUCCAUGUUGUCCACAAGUGUGAUGAAAACAGAAGCCCCUCUAGUCAAAGACUGAACUUGUCUAUCAGGAAUAUACUAUCUACAGGACUUGUCAUGUCUCCCUUUCUUCGUAUUGGUUUAUCCAACUAUGACAGUGGCCCUUACCUGCCGUCCCAGGGAGAGGUGAUUAACCCUUACUGUGCUGUGAUGGUUAAAGAAGCAGUGGAAUCAGAAAAUGGCCAAGUGUACGUGCAGAAGAAGCCCACCAUGUACCCACCCUGGAACAGCACUUUUGAUGCCCACAUCAACAACGGCAGGGUCAUGCACAUUGUCGUCAAGGACAAAAGUGCUGAAAUGGUUUCAGAGACGACGGUGGAACUCAAGGUGCUGGCGGAGAGGUGCAAAAAGAGCAACGGGAAGACGGAAAUAUGGCUAGAAUUGAAACCUCAAGGGAGAAUGCUGAUGAAUGCAAGAUACUUCCUGGAAAUAAGUGAUGCUAAGGACAUCGCUGACUGUGAGACCGAAGGCUUUUUCUCCUUGCACCAGCGGAGGGGAGCCAUCAAACAGGCCAAAAUCCAUAAUGUCAAGUGUCAUGAGUUCACAGCCACCUUCUUUCCGCAACCCACCUUCUGCUCUGUCUGUCAUGAGUUUGUGUGGGGUCUGAAUAAACAAGGCUAUCAAUGCAGGCAAUGUAAUGCUGCCAUUCAUAAGAAGUGCAUUGAUAAAGUAAUAGCCAAGUGUACAGGAUCGGCAAUCAAUAGCAGAGAAACAAUGUUCCACAAGGAGCGGUUCAAAAUCGACAUGCCUCACCGCUUCAAAGUCUACAACUACAAGAGCCCUACUUUCUGUGAGCACUGUGGCACACUCCUCUGGGGCCUCGCACGGCAGGGGUUAAAGUGUGAUGCAUGUGGCAUGAAUGUCCAUCACAAGUGCCAAACAAAAGUAGCAAACCUAUGUGGAGUUAACCAGAAACUAAUGGCUGAAGCCCUGGCAAUGAUUGGGAGUACCCAACAGGCUCGCUGUCAGCGUGACACUGAACAGAUCUCCAGGGACGGACCUCUUGAAAUUGGCUUCCCAGUUCUUGUGAAGGAGGUAACACAGCUUCAGGCAGUGCCAACGUCUACAACGGGAAAAAAAGAGCCGCAGGGCAUCUCCUGGGAGACUCCAGUGGAGGGCACAACGAAGGGAGAGUCUCUAAUAGAGCCAGACUCAGGAGGAGAACGGCUCCAGGAGCAGCAAGUGCAGCUGAAGUUAACCAUUGAAGAUUUUGUCCUGCACAAGAUGCUGGGGAAGGGCAGUUUUGGCAAGGUGUUCCUCGCUGAGCUGAAGAACACAGACCAGUAUUUCGCCGUGAAGGCCCUGAAGAAGGAUGUGGUGCUGAUGGAUGAUGAUGUUGAAUGUACGAUGGUGGAGAAGAGAGUCCUCUCCUUAGCUUGGGAGCACCCGUUCCUGACUCACAUCUUCUGUACGUUCCAGACCAAGGAAAACCUCUUUUUUGUGAUGGAAUACCUCAAUGGAGGAGACCUCAUGUUCCAUAUCCAGAGUUGUCAUAAGUUUGACCUUCCCAGAGCAACGUUUUAUGCUGCUGAAAUCAUAUGCGGACUGCAGUUCCUCCAUUCCAAAGGGAUAAUAUACAGAGACUUGAAGCUAGACAAUGUCCUCUUGGACAACGAGGGGCACAUCAAAAUUGCCGACUUUGGGAUGUGUAAGGAGAACAUGUUUGGAGAUGCAAAGACGAGCACUUUCUGUGGGACUCCCGACUAUAUUGCUCCUGAGAUUUUGCUGGGGCAGAAGUACAACUCCUCCGUUGACUGGUGGUCCUUUGGUGUCCUCCUAUAUGAGAUGCUUAUUGGCCAAUCUCCUUUCCACGGCCAAGAUGAAGAGGAGCUUUUCCAGUCUAUCCGCAUGGAUAACCCAUUCUACCCUCGCUGGCUUGACAAGGAUGCAAAGGACAUUCUGGUGAAGCUUUUUGUGAGAGAACCUGAGAGGAGACUUGGAGCAAGAGGGAACAUCCGCCAACAUGCCUUUUUCCGAGAAAUAAACUGGGAGGCUUUAGAAGAAAGAAAGAUGGAGCCUCCUUUCAAACCCAGAGUGAAAUCUCCGAGUGACUGUAGCAAUUUCGACAAGGAAUUUCUAAACGAAAAGCCAAGACUGUCCUGUGCUGACAGAGCACUGAUUAACAGCAUGGACCAAAAUAUGUUCAGCAACUUUUCUUUUGUGAACCCUAAAAUGGAGAAGAUAUUUUCCUGAGGUCUGCCUUACCCAGGGCUUUCCUUACUAAAGGAAUUCUCUGUAAUGGCUUGAGUAACACUGCCCAACUGAAGACUGCACGUGGUGGAUUUUACCAAGGACCCACCAGAAAAACACGUCAGCGAAAGCUUGUACCAUGCCUGGAGUCUUUCAGCUUGUUCCAGUCUGUAGCAGAUGCCAGCCACUGUUCACUAAUGACGAAGCCUCUUCACAUAUUUUUUGGUCUCUCUUCUCUCUUUUCUGAAUGUUCUUAUAGUUGAGAACAUUUGAAAAGAAGGAGUUGGCAAAACCUGUUCCCCUUUACCUGUAUGCACAGCCAGUGGGUUUCCCUGUCAGUAAAACCAAACAUAUUUCAGCUUCCAGUGAUGCUGGUGCCCAGUCCUGCAAUUCCCACCUUGCCCUACCUCUUUGUGAAGGAUGAGUGGCGAGCUCAAGGCCUGAAGGCAUCUGGGUAGAUUUCAGAUUGGCUCGGAAACCUCCAUUUGCACAUGAGCAGAAUGGUGCGUGUGUGAAUAGAAAUUUUGAAGAAGCAAAUUACCUCUCCUUACACUUCAAAAAUUAUCUUCACAGGUGUUAGGAUUCAAUUUUGCUUCCUAGGAUCCCCUUGGACAAAGAGACUUUGUCGGUGCAUGUUCCAGCAGCCAUGUCUCAACCAGAGGCUCUCGAGCUACGGGCUCAACUCCGAAGGAGGAUCAUUGCAAUGGCGAGUGUCGAGAUCUGUGCAGAAACCCAGUGUCUUAUGCUAGCAUUUGAGCAGAAAAGAUGGGAAGUUACAGUCCACAGGAAAGGGUUAAGAACCCCUGUUCUAAAGCUUUAACUGUUGUCCUCACACAUACCAGGUUCAGAGUAAAAUCUGGACUGGGCUUUCUCUAGUUUUAUCCUGAAACUGCAUCAGAAAUGAGGAAGAGGUUUCCUCAAAUCAUUGUUUAAGCAUUGUAAGAUUGGCCUUCCUGUCAUUUCACUGGCCUAUUUUACUUGAAAGGUUGUAAUCAGUCCUUCCAAAGGCUGACAUACUUGUAUUGCUCUAAAUGAUGUACCAACCCUUUGGCAUGCAGUGCAGACACAGGUCAACAAACUGCACCCAGCAGCCACAGGGCAGGACAGCACAUUGGGUGAGGUCGGCCCUCUCCUUCCACCUCGUGAUGUUUUGCUGCCUUUGCAGUCUGCGAAAAUGUAGAUGGGCAAACAAAAAAAAUCUUAGUCAUGAUCCUUUCAUAGUGGUACCCUCUUAAAUAAAGAUGCACUGGAGAUGCACUGUUUUCUGAGGCUAGAGAGACCUAGAGCCACCCAGUUACUGCCUGUCACUGACAGGCCAGUUAAAUGUUGGGUCAAAAUUAAAGCCCAAAUAAAGGAUUGUGUAAUAAUGUAGACUUAGGCAGUCACCUCAGCUGAUGAUUAGGUUCUACCUGAAGUGUGUAAAUUCAGAGCUUUGUUGCAUGAACUCCUCCAGUCUGUGGAGAAGAGAAGCUCUAGAGGAUGAGCCAUCUCGAAAUCAGCCUUUGGAGGUGCCUUUCUGGCUCCAUGGGCUGCACAGGGAGCCUGUUAACUUGAUCCUCCCUGCGGGACAAAUCCAGCCUUGCAGACUGUGCGGCCACGGCCUAGAUGUUGCUGUCAGUGGCUGUCGCCACUGAAUCCUGCAGGGCCAACAGCAGAAUUGCCUAAGUCGAUAAGAAAAGCAGAUUGCCCUUGAAAAGGUUUCUCCAGCAGAGUUAGCCCAGUGACUUUUGUGAAAUCACUCUUUGUGCUGUAUGAAAUACAGGGGGCAUCUGUGCUUACGGUGUGUUCAGCUGGUCAUCAUGUUUAAUUAGAACAGUUAACAUGAAUUUUUAAAAUAUCAGUGCUGUUUGUACAGUUUAAUAAAAUGUUGUGUACAAUUGGAGAAUGGGCAUCAAAGUGAUUAA